AGCGGCGUUUUUUUUUUGAUCUUUAUGCGAACGUCCAGCGCGCGAAACGUGACACGUUUACCGCCGACAUCUACUAUUACAUAACGACCGAGUUUGGUUACGCGAAACGUGACCUUCGUCUUGAAAAGGGUUUUCUCUGACAGUUAUUAAAGUAUCUCACAUUUGUAAACACGUCUAGUCGUUGCUUUGAUUAGCUUGUCACAACAAUGCUCCGUUGGCGUAACCAAACACGGUCGUUAUGUAAUAGUAGAUGUCGGCUGUAUCCGUGUCACGUUUCGCGCGCUGGAUGUUGGCAUAAAGAUAAAAGAAAAAUAAUUGUAUUGUGAGCUUGGGCGGCCUGUGGCCGUCCAAGUAAACUUAAAAUGGCGGCUUCUGCAGGAUCGCAAAUUCCGGUGGUUGACUUCAGCGUCAUGAGCCUGGAAAACGCAGCUCCUUUGACCGAAAACAACCAAGCUGUCAAGAUUGUUGCUAAACAGCUUUACAGGGCUUUUAGUACUAUUGGAUUUGUCUAUUUACAGAACCAUGGAAUUCCACAAGAAAUGGUGGACUCUAUGUUUGAAACAUUUGAUCAGUUCUUUAACUUAAGUCCUGAAGUGAAAGCCAAGUAUGCCAAGAAAAAAAUGACAGUUCAAAACGUAAACCCUCAAAAUGGUUGGGAUGCAGUAGAAGUAGAAAGGACAAACCCAAACAGACCUGGAGACUUGAAGGAAUCUUUUGAUCUGGAGUGUUUUGAUGAUGAAACUUUUGCCUGGCCCGAUACAGAAGUACCAAAUUUUAAGAGCACUGUGAGCUCUUUUUACCAGUCAAUGAAGGAUCUCGCAUUAAGAGUGCUCACUGUGAUGGCAAUUGGUCUUCAAAUUGAGCACGACACAUUCACUCGUUUCUUCAGCAAGGCGGGUACAUUCAAGGGUGGAGUCCAAAUGAGAUACAACUUUUAUCCUAAGAUACCAGACAUGAGUAGAGUGAAGCCUGGGCAGAUCAGAUGUGGGGAACAUACAGACUAUGGCGCUAUUACAGUGUUGUUUCAAGACGAGAUAGGUGGCCUAGAGGUAAGGAACGUGGAUGGGAACUUUGUAGCAGCAAAACCAAUGAAAGGAACAGUACUGGUAAAUAUUGCUGACAUGAUGCAGAGAUGGACAGCUGAUAGAUUCAAGUCCACGGUCCACCGUGUGUUGAUUCCAGAGACUGAACUCAAGCACACUCUUCCUCGCCGCUCGUUAGUAUUAUUUGUUGAUCCAGACCAUGAGACGCUUAUUGAAUGCAUAGAUGGCUCAAACAAAUAUCCGCCAAUCACAUUAGGGGAGUGGAAGAAGCGGAGACUUUUGGAAACUUACAACUAUUAGAGUGAGCCUGGAGAGAGCCGCACCUAGGAAUGCUUGCCGAAGCUUCAGUCAGUUUGAGAUUGAGAAUUCUUAGGAGUUUACCACAUAGCAUUUCUUAUUUACCUUUUACGGUGUAUUGAUAAAGCGGAAAAUACCCGCUUUAAAUGUCUAAUCGUCUUCCAGGACCUCAACCGGCCUGUCCCAACCGCUAUGCUUGGGUCGGAGAACAAAGAAACUACAGUCAAACCUCCCGUAAGCGACCACCCAAAAUGUCAAGUCGAGGUGGUAACUUACGGGAGGUGGUCGCCUACGGGAGCUUGGACCAUAGUGGAUCAAAAUUUUGCCACAUUAGCAUAUUGUAACUUCAGAGACUUACCCCAUGUUUUAAACAAUUUAUUCAUGUAAAAAGUCAAUUUCGAGACCAAAUCCGGUUUCCCACUGAAAUAUUUCCGUCUUUUUUGUACUACCCAGGAAUACGGAUAAUGUUAUAACACCUUAUUAUCCAAUUUCCUCUCUAUUAUCAGUCAAGUGGUCG